GGUUGUUGUUGAUGACUUGUGUAGUCAUUUUCAGUGGUGGUGUAACUUGAUUUGGUGGUCGUGUGGGUCGUAUUAGUGGUCGUGUAGGUCAUCUCGGUAGUCGUGUGCGUCGUCUUACUGUAGGUGUAGGCUACCCCAGUGGUCGUGUUUAGUCAUCUCAGUGGUGGUGUAGGUCAUCUCAGUGGUGGUGUGUAGUCAUCUCAGUGUGGUGUGUAGUCGUCUCAGUGUUGGUGUAGUCGUCUCAGUGGUGGUGUAGUCGUCUCAGUGUUGGUGUAGUCGUCUCAGUGGUGGUGUAGUCGUCUCAGUGGUGGUGUAGUGAUCUCAGUGGUGGUGUAGUCGUCUCAGUGGUGGUGUAGUCAUCUCAGUGGUGGUGUAGUGGUCUCAGUGGUGGUGUAGUGGUUUCAGUGGUGGUGUAGUCUCAGUGGUGGUGUAGUCGUCUCAGUGGUGAUAAUGAGUCGUGAGAGCCUGGUGAAGAGUGUGGUGUCCACCUACGAGAAGCUGAAGACUGAGUGGUCUAAGAAGACCAGGAACCUGGACGCCUGUGGCAAGUUCCUCUCUGAUAUUAAGGUGGAGCUAACUAAGCUUCAGUUCUUGCCAUCAAUGGGUCACAGUGUGUCGAAGGAGGAGCUUUUGGUUGCUCGAAACACCCUUGAGAUUGGAGCCCUCUGGAGCAUUGCCAAUAAGAAUAUUCCAUCAUUUGAGCGGUAUAUUGCCAUGCUUAAGAUAUACUACAUGGAUUACAGGGAGCAACUACCAGAGUCCCCAUACAUGUACGAACUACUUGGACUCGACUUACUGUGUCUCCUUGCACAGAACAAGGUUGGAGAGUUUCACACCACUCUAGAGCACCUUCCCCCACCAGCUGUCACUGACAAUGUGUACAUCCGACACCCAGUUGCAAUGGAGCAGUAUCUGAUGGAGGGAGCAUACAAUAAGAUCUAUUUGGCAAAAGGAGAAGUUCCUGCAGAAGGCUACAAAUUCUUCAUAGAAGAGUUAUUAGCCACCAUUCGGGAAGAUAUUGCUGACUGUGUUGAGAAUGCCUACGACAGAAUCAGACCUGAAGACAUUGGGAAAAUGUUAUAUUUAUCUAGCACGAAGGAAAUACUCCAAUAUUGUGAGCAGCGUGGUUGGCAGGUGGGAAGUGAUGGUUACUUGCACUUCAAGAAAGAGGUGCGGAAAAGCGAUGACAGCAUCCCUUCCAAAGAACUGGCACGUCAAAUGAUCAAUUAUGCUCGGGAGAUGGAACAAAUUGUAUAAAAUUAAAAAAAAUUCCAGUCGUACGUAUUUUUUGCUAAUAUAUUUCUUGUACCAUAUGUUUCUGAUUGAUCAAGUACGAUGCUAUUUUUAUUUUUACUUUCCCCGAUUUUGGAUACACUUGAAUUUAAAUUUGAAUGUCACAUUAAAUAUUCUAUGUAUACUGGAUUUGUAAUAAAAUUCUAUUACUCUA